CCUAGCGCCUCCAGGCACACAUCUGUCCGGUGAACGGCGGCUGAGGGGUGGCUGCCCCCUCCCCUGCGCCUGGCCGGGCUGAAGUGCGCCCAGCGCCCUUACGGGGGGAGGGGGUGGACGCCGCCAUGUUGGCCGCCGCCUGGCUGGGCAGGUGCUCCUGGGGGCUCCUGAAAGGUGCGAGCCGGGCCCUGGGGGGCAGCGGCGCGAGGCCGCUCGCGAGCCGCUCCCGGGCGACCGGAAACAGCCGCCGCGGCUUGUGCCUCGCGCUGGGCUCCUGCCCGCUGAGCGGCCUCGCGCCGCGGGCGCCUCCGUCCUUCCCCGGCGCCAGGCGGGAGCCGCGGCUGCUGCUGCUGCGCGCGCCCUCGCCGGCCCCGCUCUCCCCGGAGCGGCUCGCGGGCGGCUCCCCGCGCCCCGGCGGCCGCGGCCUGGGCAGCGCGCAGCGGCGCCCGCUCCCUGCCGGCGGGGAGAGCCCCUCGCCGAGGCGGCGCAGCGACGGUGCGGCCGGCCCGCCGGGGGAUACAGCGCCGAGGGGCUACUCGGAGCUGUAUGAAAACCCAUGGACAAUCCCAAAUAUACUUUCUCUGGCAAGAAUUGGUUUGGCUCCGGUUUUGGGUUAUUUGAUUGUAGAAGAAAAUUUCAACAUUGCAUUGGGUGUUUUUGCUUUGGCUGGGAUAACAGACUUGUUGGAUGGCUUUAUUGCACGAAACUGGGCUAGUCAGAAAUCUGCUCUGGGAAGUGCCCUUGACCCGCUAGCUGAUAAAAUUCUUAUCAGUGUCCUGUAUGUCAGCCUCAGUUGUGCAAGUCUUAUUCCAGUUCCACUGACUACUUUGAUCAUUUUGAGGGACAUAGUGCUAAUUGCUGCUGUUUUUUAUGUGCGAUACAAAACACUGUCCCCACCGAGAACACUUGGUAGAUAUUUCAACCCCUGUUAUGCCACUGCCCAGUUAAAACCAACUUUCAUCAGCAAGAUGAAUACAGCAGUUCAGCUAAUCUUGGUGGCAGCUUCUUUAGCGGCUCCUGUUUUCGAUUACGUAGAUAGCAUAUAUCUACAGACUUUAUGGUGCAUUACAGCUUUCACAACAGCAGCGUCUGCAUACAGUUAUUAUCGUUAUGGUCGGAAAACAGUCCAGGUAAUAAACAACAAAUGAAACGUUACAGGAAGGACCAUCUCAUCACAUCACUGUUUUUUUAUAUUGCAAAGGACAGUAUAACUGGCCUAUGAAUAAGAACUCUAUUUUUCCUUAGGACAGUUGUUUCAAUUCAAACCUUGUCACCACAAUUGGACUGAUAUGAAGUAAAAAUGAAGUCUGAUCAUGUACUGUAAAUGUAUUGAAUUUUCAAUGUAUUUUUGAAAGUUAAAAAUAAAAUUAAGAAAAAUCACAAUG